AGAAAUGAUUAAAGCUCUUCGUGACUUGCGUAGGAGAUAUAUCCUUCUUUGCUCUUAUAUAUAUAGCCUUUCAAUAUCAAGUACUUAUCCUAACAAGCUAGUUAGUUGCAGGUCGAAAAGCUAUAUACAUACAUACACAUAAGAAUGGAUGCUUGUUAUCAGACUUUGGUUGAAGCAAUUAAUGCAGGCAAUCUUCAAGUCCUGCACCAAUUGCUUCAAGAAAAUCCAUUCAUCCUCACGGAUAUCUCACUUUUACCACCUCCAGAACCUCUGUUAUGUGUUGCUACACGAGCAGGCAGACUCAACUUUGUGCGAGAACUCGUGAGACACAGGGCUGAACUGGCGAAAGAAUUGAACAGCGAUGGUCUCAGGCCACUGGACAUAGCUGCAGUGAAUGGAAACGUGGAGAUAGUGAGAGAGCUUGUCAAGAAUGACGCUGAAAUGUGUCGGCUCAAAGGCAAAGAUAAAAGAACGGCUCUUCACCAUGCUGCUGUCCAUGGCAGAGUUGAAGUCAUAGACGUGUUGGUCUAUGUUUGCUCAGAGUCCAUCAAAGAUGUGACAGCAAAAGGGGAAACUGCACUUCACCUUGCGGUGAAAAGCGGCCAGUUUGAAGCAUUUCGUGCCCUAGUCGACUGGCUUCUAAGGUCGGGAGAGGAAGCUAUCAUAAAUCGUGGAGAUUGUGAAGAAAACACUGUUUUGCACCUUGCAGCCUCAACAAAGCAGCUUGAAGUCAUAAAAUUAUUAUUGGAUAGAAGCAACUCCACGGGUGUGAAGGUGGAUGUGAACGCCCAAAAUUCAAGAGGGUUGACAGCAGUCAAUAUAUUGAACGACAUCAAGAAACCCACUCCAGCAGAAGUUGGGCUCAGAAAUGAUCUCAAAUCCGCCAGCGCAGUUGCGUCUAAGUCGCCUGUUGAGUCCCCGUUGGGAACCCAAGUACAAAACUUGCUGCUAGUAGUGGCUGUACUGUUCGUCACUAUCACUUUUCAAGGAGUCAUCGAUCCUCCUCAGUACAUAUUUAGUACCGAUUCGAGCGUUGGCAACUCAUCGACGUCGACCUCGGGAAACACCACCACCACCCCUAACACGACCUCGGGAAACACCAUCAACAGGAACCCUGCACACAGCCCCGCGACGAUGACCACGAUAAUAGGAAUCAUCGUUAACCUUUCAGCGUCGACGCUGUUUUUGUUUUUUAACACUCUGGUGCACACCGCGGCAUUUACAACCAUAGAGCUGGUCACUCGUCGACUUGUUUUCCGACGGGAGCUUCUUGUGUCCUCCUUUUGUGUGUCGUUUCUUUAUGGUUCUUUAGUUGCCAAACUUGCCAAGAAAGAAUCUGUCCCUUCUUACGUUCUGCUUUUCGCCAUCUUUCUGUCAGCCAGCAUGAGACUGUUGCCAGAGUGGGCAUUCAAAGUUUGGAAAUGGCUGAGACAACGCCGUGAGGAGCGGCGUUGGACGCAAAAUAAUGCUGGGUAAUUGAAGGCCAGGAACGGACGCAAAAUAGCUUGUGUUUAUUGAUAUCUGGGAUCUUUGUUUUUUUUUACUUGAUAUUUCAGAUUCACUUACCGCGGUCCAAACGAAUUAGAGUCGGCUAAAAUUAAACGUUCACACUAUAUAAAGAGCAUUUUAAGUUAUUUUCAUGUGUGAGAUUAAUCAAGAACAAAGAACAAUUUUCUUCUCCAAUCUGCCCAAUGCUUCUUUUUGUUUUUUUUUUUUAUCAUGAAAUACUUCACUUAAUUCUUACUAGUACGUAUGCUCUCUUUCUUUUUCAACUUUGGGAUGGAGAUUCAUCUUAAUUUGUUCACCCUCCCUAGAUUCCUUUUAUUCCAAAGCUUUUCAAACACUCCAAACUCAUCAGAAGUCAAGAGAGAGAUUCACCAAGCGAAGCACUGAACAGUAAACAUGCACACUGCUAAUUGUGGCAACGCGUGGUGGGGUGUGUUCAGUAAUGGAAAGACAAGUGGUCUCAUCAGAACUUUUGGGUCAUGAAUCUCUGAUCCUAGGCCGUCUUUAUUGGAUAAUGCUAUACGUACGAACGCUCCAACAAACGCAUUGACAAACUCAAUUUAUCGCGAUAUUUUGAGACUAAAAUAUCGCGAUAAAUUAGGUUUCAAUUUUGAGUUAAUCUUCAUCCUCUAUCCUUGCUCAAUUUGAAAAUUAGGAUUUUGGUCGCUCUGUUUUACUCUCUCCAUCCUCAU